AAAAAAGAUGUGUGUGAAGAAAUCUCAUGCAUAUACAAUGAAGUUGAAGCAUUAGGGUUCAUGCAAAAAUUUUAUGCUCAUCGGCUAUAAAUAUAUCUUCAAGAAAACAAAAAUAAACAAAAGAUAGAAUAACAACAACAAAAAAAAAAAGAGAAGAUGGGGAAAAAUUUAUGGGCAUUAAUAUAUGUAACAAUGAUGAUAUUAAUAAUAGUUGAAGUGGAAUCAAGUCUUCAUAGAGUAGGCGGAGGAAGAUACACUUGGAACUCCGACGUUAACUUCUCCGAUUGGGCCAACCACCAACGUUUCUACUCCGGCGACUGGCUUUAUUUCGGGUUUAAUCGCACGCGUCACAACAUCCUUCAAGUAAACAAGAGUAGCUACGAGCAAUGCGUCGACAACGAUUACAUAUUCAACAUAACAAGAGGAGGACGAGAUGUUUUUCAACUCCUAGAACCAAAGCCUUACUACUUCAUUUGUGGUAGAGGUUAUUGUCACAAAGGUAUGAAGUUUGCCAUCAACGUCCUUCCUCAACCAUCACCAUCAGCUCCAACCAAUCUCGCCUCAACCACCACUCAUCUCAUACCAUCAAAUGCUAUCACCGCAGCCAUUCUCAUUUUCACCUUUAAAGCUUUACUACUUUGACUAUGCUUAUGUCAUUUGUUUGUUGAGUUGGGUUCAAUGUAUGAACUAUAAAAAAGUUUGGGACACUUUUCCAAACUUCAAAAGUUUUCACUUCAGUAA